AUGAGUUCAAGGCCUCCGCCGGCAAGAGGCACGCACUCUCUCUCGCACUCGCCGGGCCACACUCACUGGUAUCACACACGGCUUACAGGGACGGGAUUCAUUCUACGAGCUUAUAAUGCAAACUUGCGUCCAGUCGUUGCCGUUGGUAAGACACUCCACUUUACCUUUGCAUCCAGAGAUUUCGGGCUAAGUGACGUCGUGAAAACCCCCAGUCGCCCUGCUUUCAGUAAUAUGGAGUUUGAUCUCAUCAGCAGCUUCCGAGCCGUUAAUGUGGAUAGUAAUCAGCAUCAAUCGAAGCUCGCAACCUUUGCUAUUGUGCUGGGUGCGAUAUAUUCCGGCAUUUGCGGAAUAGAGGUAUUCGGAUUGGUCUCUGCGGCUCUUCAACGACUUUGGAUGGUUCGAAUAUAUGCAAUUCUAUCUGUUCUCAGUGCUUUGUCGGUGGUCGGCACCGGCUUGAUGAGAGUAAUUCUUCACUUUGUGCUCAAACAAGAAUUAAUUAACGAGUGCGUUUCAAUUGCCCAAGGAGAUGUUGUAGUAUAUCAAUACGGGUUUUGGGGCCCUACAUUCGAGGACAAACUGACGCUGCCAGAAGCGCAAUCUUAUUGUGAUAAUUACUGGAGCCACGAUUCUUUCGUGGAGAUUAUCUCGUUGAUUAUUGAAAUUUUCAUCUCCGUAUUCUUCAGUUCUAUCGCAUUUGCGUACUAUCACCAACUUCUCGAUCCCCAAAGUGUUGCCAAUGUGUCACGAGUGCCUCGCUCAGAACCACACGAAGAAGCCUAUCCGUCGCAUUACAACCCCCCGUAUCUAGGAUAUGACGCACCGUCUCAGUAUGCACCGCCGGCCGGUCCUCCACCAGACGCAGAUUUCGAUGACGACAGUGUCACACUGUACGGCGGAGCAAAGCCUCCGAUCUAUACCGCAGAUGACAUGGACAAGUACGCAGAGGACAAGCAAGCAAAGACCAAUCCAUUCUCGGACUUUGAUGAGCCGGUGGAGGCUCUACCAGUCCCGUAUCGACCUCGACAUCCUCAAGACAUGGCCCCCUCUAAGACCACAAAAAAGUCCGGCAAGGCACGCUCCGCCCUCCAAGAUGUUGUAACUCGCGACUACACCAUCCACCUCCACAAGCGCGUGCACGGCCGCUCUUUCAAGAAACGCGCUCCUUGGGCUGUCAAGUCCGUCGUUGAUUUCGCGCAAAAGGCGAUGGGGACUGGGGACGUGCGGCUCGACCCAAAACUGAACCAGGCACUCUGGGCGCGGGGGAUCAAGUCGGUGCCUCACAGAAUACGUGUGAGACUGGAGCGCAAGCGAAAUGAUGAGGAGAACGCGAAGGAGAAGCUGUACACCUAUGCAUCAUAUGUCGAAGUUGAUUCGUUCAAGGGUUUGGAGACGGUAGUGGUUGACACUGAGUAG